AAGUUAAGGGCGGCGGUGUAGUAAAGUAGGACCGCCUCCCGUCAUCUCUCCAUUACUGUGGUGUGGAGACUGGACGCGGAGGCUGAGCGCUGGACCCCCGGUAAUGCCCAGGUCUCCCAGGGACAAUGCGAGAAGUGGAACAUUCGGAGUAACACUAGUUUGACUCAAUCAGACCCAUCAAAGACGACGAGCCAAGAUGAGGAACAUCUGGACUCUGUCACUGCUGGCUCUGCUGGCUCAGGGGUGCCGGGGGGAGGACGGGUUUGUGGGGGGCACGACGGCCGUGAUGGGGCUAGGGGGGUUGGGGGAGGAGGAGGGGGACCCGGACAACAGCAGCCUGCCGGCCACGCAGAGUCACAUCCUGACCGCCCAGUUCGAGUGCUACAUGAAGAUCAACGAGGACCCCCCACGCCAAGGCAACGGAACCUUCUGUAACCGCACCUGGGACGGCUGGCUGUGCUGGGGGGACGCCGAGCCGGGGACCGUCCUCCAGAUGUGUCCAGAGUACUUCCAGGACUUUGACCCUGCUGAGAAGGUGACCAAGGUGUGUAACCCCAACGGCACGUGGUUCCACCACCCGGAGAGCAACAGGGUGUGGUCCAACUACACCCAGUGCGCGGCCUACACCAAGGGCAAGCUGAAGGUGGCCUACAGUCUGUUCUACCUGGCCCUGCUCGGUCAUGGUUUGUCCAUCAUCUCUCUCCUCAUCUCUUUGAUAAUUUUCUCCUACUUCAAGAGUCUCAGCUGCCAGAGAGUCUCCCUCCACAAGAACAUGUUCAUGUCCUUCAUCCUCAACUCGGUUGUCACGGUGAUCUGGCUCUCCACCGUCCCUAACAACCAGGAGCUGGUGGCUAGCAACCCCAUCAGCUGUAAGGUCCUGUCGGUGGUCAUCCAGUACACCUUCGCCUCCAGCUACUUCUGGAUGCUGUGCCAGGGCAUCUACCUGCACACCCUCAUCAUCGUGGCCGUUUUCGUUGGCGAGCAGCAGCUGGUCUCCUACUACAUCCUGGGCUGGGGUUUUCCCGUCAUUCCUGCCAUUACGUAUGCUGUGGGGCGAGGGAUGUUUUAUAACGACAAUUGCUGGAUCAGCUCCAACACACGGCUAUUGUACAUCAUCCAUGGUCCAAUUCAUGUAGCAUUACUGGUGAACCUGUUCUUCCUGCUGAACAUCGUGCGGGUGCUGAUCACCAAGCUGAGGGUGACCCACAGCGCUGAGACCACGGCCUACAUGAAGGUGGUGCGGGCCAUCCUCAUCCUGAUCCCCCUGCUGGGGGUCCAGUUCAUCCUGGUGCCCUGCCGGCCCACGGGCCGCCUGGCCUUCGCCGUCUACGAGUUCACCAUGAACAUCUUCUCACACUUCCAGGGACUCCUGGUGGCCAUCAUCUUCUGCUUCUGCAACAGUGAGGCCCAGACGGCGCUGCGCAGGAAGUGGGCCCAGUGGAAGAUCGUGUGGGAGAAGAACCCCGUCCACUCCAACUUCCACUCCAGCUCCCACUACUGCACCUCCUCCUUCACCAUGUCCGACACCGGCCAGGCCCCCAUCAGCCUGAAGCCCAGCCCCCCGCUGGUGGGUCCGCCCCCAAAGGAGCUGGCGCAGACCAACGGCCAAUGGAGGGACGGCGAGGCCGGACCGCAGCAACAGAAGCAGCAGACCCCCGGGAUCAGCGAGACCACCCGCGUCUGACCACCAGGGGGCGUCUGACCACCGGGGGGCGUCUGAAGAACAGGGGGCAGCAGACCCACAGGGGGCGUCUGACCACUAGGGGGUCUGCCCACCAGGGGGCAGCGCUGGGGCGGCGGAAGUCAAGAUGGUGGAGCUCGGUUUUUGUUAUUUCUAGUUUUUUAUGUCUUUAUUUGUAGUUUUUUUACUCAUUUGGGUUUGUUGUUUUCUGUACGCAAUGACCUAAAGACAGACCACAGCUGCUGUUCAUCAACAUGCUCAGACACGCAGUGACGACACACACACACACACACACACACACACACACACACACACACACACACACACACACACACACACACACACACACACACACACA